AUGAACGGUGCACGACCUCCGACUGCUGAUUUGUAUACGGAUUCUGAGGCUAUUCACAAAUUCGUGGCCAACCUGUCUGAUUCUGGUCGCUCUGUCAUUGCCCUUAUGCACUCAUACGGUGGCCAAGUUGGUACCGAUGCUCUUGCGGGAUUAGGCAUGGAGACUCGUAAAGAGCAGGGCUUACCUGGUGGUGUGGAACGCCUUGUCUAUAUCUGUGGACAGGCGAAUGAUAAAGGCCAAGCAAUGGCAUACUUGAUUGAGAAAUUUGGGCGCCUAUAUAUUAUGCCUCAUUUGUUUGACUUCGCUGAAGAUGGUACCUGCUUUAACUCCGAUCCAAAGGGGAGACUAGUAGGACCUGGGCUUUCGGACGAGGAACUAGAGAACUACGUGGCUGCUCUAGGACGUUGGAAUGGAAAGGGCCUUUACCAGGCUGUAAAGAAUUGCGCUUGGCGCGAGAUUCCAAUGGCUUAUAUUCAUACUCAGACCGACAUGACGACACCGAUUCACUACCAGCACGCUAUGGUGGAGGCUAUUGAGGCGGCCGGGUGCAAUGUACAGACCUUUACCAUAGAGACAGGUCACUGCCCAAACAUUACCAGCCCAGAGGAACUUGCCGGCAUUAUCCAACAAAUUGUCAAACCCAUCGAAGGCAGCUAA